ACCGGGCUCGAGCCGGGGCAUGAGCGGCGGGAAGCCAGGCAUCUUGAAACUUCCUUGUUGGGAUGGACGAGUCGGGAAGGUAGGUAAAUAUGUCAUGCGCUGGGUUGGAGAAAAAUAUAUCCUUUCGCUUUCAGUUGUUUUUCUUUUUCUCUUCUUUCUUCUCUCCUCAACAACUUCUCGUUUCUUCAUAACCUACACUAGCCUUCUUCCAAUCUCGGCCGGCCUUGUGAGAUCUCUUUGGUUGCAUCACUAGCUCUAGCCCUCUUCUACCCCCACUGCUACCCUACCUCGGCACCAUGUCUCCCUCCCGCGUCGAUAACCAAGCAGCGGCUUAUAUAGCUGCUCCCUCGUCCACAAAGGCGCCAAUGGUCACCGAAUCAUCCUCUCCCACAAGCUCCAACAAGACCUUCGGCAUGUCUUCCCCCAUCGAGUCCAAGUUUCUCUCCCACCCAGAGGACCUCGGCAUUGUUGCCGUAGGCUUCUCCGGCGGCCAAUGCAAGCCUGGUGUCGACGCCGCCCCCUCCGCCCUUAUCGAGUCCGGUCUCCUCACCCAGCUCCGCGAAGAGCUAGGCUACAAGUUGCACGGCGAUGACGAGGUGCACCUCUACACGGACCUUGUUCCCAAGGAGGACCCGGACUACCGCAACAUGAAGAACCCGCGCGCCGUCUCCAACGUGACCAAGCGCAUUGCCGACCAGGUCUACUCGCACGCCAAGGAGGGACGCCUGGUCCUCACUCUCGGUGGCGAUCACAGCAUUGCCAUUGGCACCAUUGCCGGCUCGGCCAAGGCCAUCAGGGAGCGCCUGGGACGCGAGAUUGCCGUGAUCUGGGUCGAUGCCCACGCCGACAUCAACACCCCCGAGACCAGCGGCAGCGGUAACAUCCACGGCAUGCCCGUCAGCUUUCUCACUGGUCUGGCGCGCGAGGACAAGGAGGAGUUCUUUGGCUGGUUGAAGCCCGACAACCUCCUCAGUGUCAAGAAGCUGGUCUACAUUGGCCUCCGCGAUGUCGACCCCGGUGAGAAGCGCAUCCUGAGGGAGAACGGAAUCAAGGCGUUCAGCAUGCACGACAUUGACAAGCACGGCAUCGGUCGCGUCAUGGAGAUGGCCCUCGGCCACAUCGGCAACGACACCCCCAUCCACCUUUCGUUCGACGUCGAUGCGCUCGAUCCCACGUUCGCGCCUUCCACGGGAACCCCGGUCCGCGGCGGUCUCACUCUCCGUGAGGGCGACUUCAUCUGCGAGUGUGUGCACGAGACGGGAAGUCUUGUCGCUGUCGAUCUUGUCGAGGUCAACCCUACCUUGGCGGCUCCCAAUGACACCGGCGCACACGAGACUGUUCGCGCUGGUUGCUCUUUGGUCAGGUGCGCUCUCGGCGAAAGCCUUCUAUAAGUCGAUAUUUUUUUCCAAAGACGACAGCAGCGAUAUUCCGACGGGGUGAAGAAGGAAGGGGGCCAAUAAAGAUGGCACCCAGUACAGGAGGUCGCAGCAACGCGGCGUUUUUAUACAUAUGACAUAACAGGACAAAUAACGGCAGCAUAAUGAUGUCUCCUAUAGAUAUGGG